AUGCUAUAUUUUGAACAAUUUGAUCAAAGAAAAAAAAAAAUUAUUAAAGUUCCUAGAGUUUUUGUUUUCGAUAUAUUACAAAAUUAAAUCUUCUAUAAUUAAUUUAUAUUAAAAGCAGGAGAAUUGUCUAUGGAUGAUGGGUUUUUAUUCCCAAACUCAAACAAAUUCACUUAUCUUUCUGAUGUGACUAUCUUAAGUACUUAAUAUGAUCAAGAAUUUUCAAAAAAAGCUUUUGAUAAAGAGUUAAUUUCAGUUUUAUAUUUUAAUUUAGAUUAGAUAAAAAUAGUAAAUAUGGUUGAAUAUCCAAAAAUAUCAGAAAUAUUAGCAGAUACAGGUUCAAUCAUAACUUGGAUUCUUUCAAUAUCAUUUUUAGUAUAAAAAUAUAAUGAGAACUUAAGUAUGUAAAAUACUUAAAAUGAAGUAAUUUAAAUGUAUUAUCAUGAUUAUAUUGAUUUUAAAAUAUAAAAGAAUUGGUUAGGUAAAAUCAAAAGAAUAAAUUAUAAAGAAAAAGAAUAUGAUCCAAAAAAAUCAGAAGAAAUCCUUAAUAAAUUAGAUCAAAUUGUUGUUGAGAAAAUGAAUUAUUUAAACUUAUAAAAUGAAGUAGCUAAGUAAGAAUUAUUUAAUUAAAUUAAAUUAGGUUAUAAUUAAUCUUACAAGAACAUUUAGGAUUAUAAUAAAUUAAAAAAUAUUUAGAAUCAAAAUAUAAAUUAGAAAUUCUUUUUGACAAACUAUGCACACUUGAAAAAACAUCAAAUUAAUAAUAAAUAAAUUAAAUUGUAUUUUUUUUUUAUAUUUAAAGCAUAUUUUAAAUGAGCACUAAUUUGGAGGAGUUUUUUAAUUAAAAGGAGAGAGUGAGAUGAGAACUAAUUAUAAUAUAUCUUUGGAUUAAGAAUUAGAAGAUAAAAUGGGAUUGCUAUCUUUAAAAAUAAGAGAUGAUAUCUAAAUUAUAAAGCCUAAUAGCAAUUAAGAAUUAAUAUAACCAAUUAAUAAUUUAAGUACUUCAUUAUAAGUCAUUAAUAUUGAAUACUCAAUGGAUACUAAAUGA